AUGGCUUCCCACGCGCCCCUAGCUGCCAAAUCAGCUUUGAACACAAACACACCUCCAAAGAAGCCGAGUCUCUCGAUCCAUCACAGUGAAGAGGAGUGGGAAGUUGUAUGUCCGGUCAUCGAACGCUUGUAUGCUCGAGAGCGGCGGAAACUUCGCUGUGUCAUGGAGAUCAUGGAGGAGAAGCAUAAUUUCAAGGCUACAAUUCAAAUGUACAAGAAACGGUUUACCAAAUGGGGUUUCUGCAAGAACAGACCGAGGAAUACGUCCACUACACUGCAAUGCCCCAAACGCCAAACUGUCACAUAUACCACAUCCCAUGAUUACCAGCGACUACAUCCAUCCCUCAAGUCCAGCCCCUCAGAAGCAGCAAGUCUCGCACUCUUGACAAGCAUACAAAACUGGAGCACUUCUUUCCAUGAGUCAGUUACCCAAGGACUUAUACCACCGGAAAACCAAAUAGUAUCGUCAUCCAACGACAGAUUCAGCCGUUACGACCCAGAGCAGCUGAGUUUCGCCUUCCGAACAAUCCUGGAGCUUGUAAGAUGUGGCAAAGGCGAUCUAGCCGGCCGCCUAACCCGCCGAGCUUUUCUCGACAUCGAGGCUAUGCUCCAUGUUGAAGGCCCGUUAUUUAUCUGGAAUGUUUUGGAAAUCAUGUAUCACAUGGUUCGUCUUGACCAGGCACAGAUCCUUGACAUGCUUGUGGUGCAGCUUGUCGAACUUGCGAGUAAGAUUCAUAGUGCAACGCACCCUCUUAUAACCGUUCUACGAAACCUACAAAUGGCGGUGCGUAUAUGGAAGAAGGAUUCAAAGUUAGCACAUUUACCGCUACUUAAACAAGCCUGGGCUCUGAAUGCGGAUAUUGUCUUUAGUAAUCGCGAUUCUAGGCUUUUACUCAUGUACUACCGCCUAGUCUGGGAUUCUUCAUGUCUCAAGCUACGUCUUGAACAACUCGAUGAAGUGGACAGUUGGUUCUCAGCGAUUGGAAACAAAUUUCCCUUCACAGACUCCUUCUUCCAAGAGAUCGUCUUAUCAAGCUGUCCUCUACCCACACUUCCAGAGGUUGAGAUACUUCCACCCAAAGAUUACAAGUUCAUCAAAGACACCUCCCUCUCAGCGAUACAGCACCGAUGCACAAUGAGCUUUGCCGACCCUAAUUUGGCAACCGCUAUACGACUGGGGGUAUUGAAAAGCCGAGUACUAGAAGAAGUCAACGACUACUCUCACUCUGAAAAUCAAUCGCCGCGACACCAGUAUCAUGUGGAUAGAUUCCAAGCCCGGAUUGCAGCAUAUCUCAUGAAGCUCAUUGCCGAUAUUGAUUUGGAACUUGGCAUUGGCACUGAUAUUGCGACGGAUAGGAUGCGGGAUGUGAUUGCUAUGCGCGAGUUUGGAUAUUCACCUACGGCGCCGCAGGUGAUACAUGAUAUGUGGAAGCUAGAGGCCUUUCUACGGGAAAGCAGACAUGAUUCUGAGGCAGAUAUGAUACGGGAAGAGACGUAUAAGAGGCUUGAGGAGUAUGUAGAUGAGGUCCCACUAGAUGAGAUUUGA